AUGGCGGCAGCAGGAACCAGUAAUUGGCGGGACCUGGUCGGGGGUUUGCGACUUUCGCAUGACGAAUUGUUUGACUUCCAUCAGAGCCAUUUCUCCGCUGAUGCCGUUGCCAGUUUUGGCUCCGACUUUUUAAAUCCUACAGAAAGGCAAGAGGUAUACGAAUCUAAUGCAGGGGAGGAUUGGAACGGCGACGUUGACGACGGCCUUGGCUACUACGAAGACGGAGUGAAGCGCACUCUCACGGAUGAACAGAUUGAGAUAUUCCGACAUUCAGAAUUAAGGGACCUUGAACGUCAACGAGAACACGACAAAUUGUCAAAAUCAAUCGGCACCAUGACAGGCCGAAGUCAACUGACUUCAAUGGAACACAACAACACGGCUAACCUUGCAACACGCAGUAGCAAGAAGAAGAAGAAGAAGGCAAGGAGUGAAAAGCAGGAGAAUCCUAAGCCCGACUUGAGAAAACGCACAUGGGACGUUGUGGAUGCUGGACUGGAUUCUUUGGACUACGAUUGA